AUGCUGAAGCUGCUGCAAAAGGGGCUUCUCAACCACCUGAAGAGGCGUAAUCGCGCCCCCAUUCCUCGCGAGGUCGAAAAGACCGAAUCUGUCAGCACCGCAUCUCUGAUCGAUGUUGACGCCCCCUCCGUCCAAUCUGUUCAUUCCGACUUCCUCGACCAAGAAGUCAAAAGAACCACACAGGCCGGGCGCAUCGAACGAGAAGCCGAGGAGGCCGCUCUUGCCCGAGAGAAAGCCGCUGCUGCUUCAUCCAGCAAGAAAGGAAAGAAGUCCAAAGCCCAGGAGUUGUGCAAAAACGCAGAGAACCCAGUGUACUUGGGUAAUGCGUUUAUUAUUACUGCAGUUUCUGCCGUGCUUGGAUAUGGUGCUUACAGAAAGCAUGCUGAGGGGAAGCUUUCUUGGGAGGUUGCUAGUGUGUGGGCUGGUGCUGUAGGCUUGUUUGCCGGUGCCGACUACUUUGUUAGCAAGUGGCUAAUUCAGAACAAAUACCCCACGAAGGACUAA